AUGAAAAUCAUAAUAAAUAACAAAAGUGAAACUGAUUUAAAAAUGUUUGAAAAAAAUAAUUUAAAAGAAAGUGUUAAAUCAGAGAGCGAACAACAAUCACUUCCAUUACAACAACAAUCACUUUCAAUGCAAGAAUUAUUUCUUAGAAGAAAAUUAUUAAAAAUGUUACAAGAUUCAAAAAAUCAACAAUUUAUUAUAAAUAAUCACCUUGAAUUUAACAACCAACAAAUAAAAUCUCCCCCACAAAAACAAUAUCAAAAAAUACUUCAGUUGCAAUCAAAUCAAACUAAUUUAUUAACACUAUCAUCAGUAAAAUUAACACAGUCACCUUGUACAUCACCACCACCAUCAUCACCACCGUCACCACUUCUAGAGAAUAACUAUUCACCUUUAUAUGAAGAUCAAACAAAACAACAAAUUGAAAUGAUAAAUGAAAUAAAUGAAAAUAAAACAUCAUUCAAUAGAGGAAUAAAAAGAUUAUUCACUAUUGAAUAUAAUCAAAAAUGUAGUUAUGUUUUAAUAUUAAGUGAAAACACAUGGAAAAUAAUACUAGAUCAAUCAAGAAGAAUAUCAAUUCAAUUGAAAUUCUAUUAUAAACAGACUGAAAAUGAUUUCAAAUAUGAUUCAACUGAUUAUGAUCUAUCAAUAAAUGAUUACUAUUUUGAAAAUCAUGAAAAUGAAAAAAAAGUGAAAUCUCAUUCACCUUUUGAACAAUUAUCAAUUAAAAAACCAAUAGAUAUAACUGAUUUCAUUUUAGAUUAUAAUGGUUUAUGUUUUAGUCAUCCUGGUGCAUCUGGUAUUUUAAUAAUUGAAUUAAUCCAAACUCAACCAAUAAAUAAAUCAAAAUUAAUCAAAAAAACAAAUUAUUUAAUUAAAAAUUAUGAAAACAAGUUUUUAAAAAAAACUGUAAAAAAAAAGCCAGUACGAAUCCCACCACACAACCAAUUCAUCCCUGAAUUAGACGGUCAUCAAUGUUAA